CUCGUCCCUCCUGCUCCUCCUCUCUUUCACUCUGUGUCCGUGGGUCUUUUCACGCUCGUUGUCGUCAUGCAGCUGCUCGUCCGUCGCUUUUGUCCCUCAGACAGAGACAGAGUGUGUGACCUGUUCAGUUUGGGGAUUAAGGAGCACAUCGGUCCAUGUUUCUACAACGCCAUGAGCAGCCGUCUCCACCUCACCAUCACCUCCACCCUGUUUGCCGCUGGAUACUGCCUUGGAUCGUGGUUGGGGGCUGUUCUUUUACCGGGGCUGUGGGUCAGUGUCGUUUUCUACUGCUGCCACGAGAUCUAUGCAGGCUACGUGAGAAACAGACUCCAGACCGACAUGAGGGACAUUCCCGGGAGCUUCAUGAGCAGGCCUGGAGACUGCUUCUGGGUGGCUGAAGCCGAGGUGGAGGGUCGUGCUCAGAUCCUGGGGACCGUGGCCGUGGUGGAGAAAGAAGACGGUGGACAGAGGUUUGGUGAACUGUUCAGGAUGAUCAUCGCUCCUUCGUGCAGGCGCAUGGGCCUGGGCCGCAGACUCACACAGACUGUGGUGGACUUCUGUAAAGACAGAGGCUUCUCUAAGGUGGUGCUGGAGACCAGCUCCACCCAGGCUGCAGCUGUGGCUCUGUAUGAAAAAAUGGGCUUUAAAUUAAUCCUUACACAUAAAAGAACAGAGGCAGGAGUCUGGAUCACACACGUCUCUCAAAUCACAAUCCUGAAAAUGGAGAAAUAUAUAUAACAAAUUAGACACAUGAGUAAAUAAACAUUAUUCUAAUAAAAAUCAGCUUCAUGAUCAGAGUAAAACCACUGCACUGUAGACUCUUUAUAAAAUCACUGUGAUUUUCACCUCAUCAGGGUUGUAUUUCAUAAACUGAACACUAGAGGGCGCUCUC